GAAACAUGAGCAGGGUGAGAUAUUCAGAGUCCCGGGCGGCUGUGCGCAGGCCGCUGGAUAAAGCCGAGCAGCAGACGGCGGUCCGUGUGGUUUGAGCUCAGGAUCUCAGGACGGGAACAUGUGAGCAGGGCAUGGGCGACUGGAAACAGGAUUAUUGUUCUAAACAGCAGAGAGACGCAGGAGGGGCCGGGGACAGGAGAGACACGGGGACACUGUGACACAUCCGAGGAGAUUUUUCUUUUUCUUUUUUUCUUUUUUGUUAUUUUUGCGCAUCAGCGAAAUCCGGGAGGAAUAUUCUAGCCAAAGAUGAACACCAUUGUGUUUAACAAGCUGAGCAGCCAGGUCCUGUUCGAGGAGAAGGCGAAAGAGGUGGAAAUGAGCAGCAGAAAUUAUCUAGAAGUCAUCGACGGGCAGCAUCCAGACCUCCUCUCCAGCAACCAGACCAUCAGAGACAACCAGGCCAUCAGACACAGGCGGAGCGGGGGUCGUCCCAGCGGCGGUAAAGUGCGACACAAGCGCCAGGCCCUGCAGGACAUGGCGCGGCCGCUCAAGCAGUGGCUCUACAAGCACCGAGACAAUCCCUACCCCACCAAGACCGAGAAAAUCCUGCUGGCCCUCGGCUCGCAAAUGACCCUGGUCCAGGUCUCCAACUGGUUUGCCAAUGCCAGGAGGCGACUGAAGAACACGGUGAGGCAGCCAGACCUGAGCUGGGCGCUCAGGAUCAAGCUCUACAACAAAUACGUGCAGGGCAACGCCGAGAGGCUGAGCGUCAGCAGCGAGGACAGCUGCUCAGAAGAUGGGGACAACCCUCAGAGGACACAGAGCGGCCCAGAGGAGCUCAACAAGCCCAUGUACCAGAGCGUGAUCAAGAAGGAGGGCUCCUCCAUGGUGGGCAUGGCCAUGGGUAUGGGUAUGGGUAUGGGCAUGGGCAUGGGCAUGGGCAUGGGCGCGGGGCUGCGCUCGGCCGCCGAGGCCGCCUCACUGGCCGAGGACUACGUGUCUCCGCCCAAGUACAAGAGCAGCCUGUUGCAUCGCUACCUGAACGACUCGCUGCGUCACGUCAUGGUGGCCAACGCCGUAAUGGACGCUCGCAAGAGGAACCACUCCGGCUCCUUCAGCUCCAACGAGUACGACGACGAGCUGCUCUCGCCGUCCUCCUCUGAGGCUGAGGCAAACUUUGUUUAUCGGGCUGAAACCACAGACCAUGGAUCAAGUAAAUGUGACAAUGGCAGCGGUGGCGUCGGAGCUGUGCAGAAGGAGAAGGUGAAGGGCAAAGACGAGACGUACUGGAGGGAGAUCAACGCUGCCAUGGCCUUGACCAACUUGGCGCAGGGGAAGGACAGCGCCUCCGGGACCACCAGCUGCAUCAUCCAGAAGUCCUCCCAUAUAGCAGAGAUCAAGACUGUUAAAGUGCCGCUGAUGCAGAAAUAUUAGCGCUGACGUCAUCCUCCCAUCUCUCUAUGCAAACCAGCAAACAUUCCUGUUUCAGCAAACUCGCCGGAGUCCACAUAAACUCCCCCUGGAGAGAAUGAAAAGAGAACUGUUGUUAAAGGAGGGGGGGGGAUGUUUGAGGCGAGGAAGCGUGGAACAAAAAGAGAACUCUCAUUCUUUUUGGUUGUUAUUGGUGUCUAAAAAAGUGCAAAAGAGGCCUUGACCAUCAUUUUCUUUGCUGGGUUGACGUGCGGCAGACAAGUGUUGAUAAUAGUUUCACUGCAGUAUUUCCUAAAACAAGACACUUUUGUAAUGUUAACUUAUUUUUGAUGAGUCUGAUUUUUUUUUUAAUUUCUUCUUUUUUUACGCUACGAAAAUUUGUAUUUUGCCAAAGUGCCUUUGUUAUUUAGACGAGUAACUCACCGACUGUCGUCAAUGCAAAGUACACAUACUGAGGUGCCUGUUGGGAAUUUGUGGAGGAAUAUUUGACAAAGUUUCGAGUCACAGUCACAAUUCAGGAUUUGUUUUUUUCUGAAUGAAAACUCCCCAGCCUGUGCCUUAAGGACUGAAUGAGCUCACCAUCUGAGGCAUUGAUGAACUCAAAUAGCACACACACACACACACACACACACACACACACACACACACACACACACACACACACAAACACACACAGAUACACACUUUAUUAGAACAUACCCAGCAGCGUGACAUUGUUCUUGUUUUGACUGGAGUCUUCAUUUUGACUGUAAACUGACGCUGUUUUGUCUCAGCUUCUCCUUGCUGGCGGGCCAACAAUAACUGUCGCGUACGUAGAUAAGAUGCCCGAACGUGAGCAGCAGAUCGUUAAGCGGCCUUGGAUUUCAUUAACCAGCGAAGGAUUCCUGUCUUAUCUGGGCUUUUAGUUGCUGAAAUGUGCUCAGCUGGACCCAGAUGAAGUCACAUUCCCCCACGCAGAGACACAGAUAGAUCAUAUAGACCUUCAGGCGUGCGUUAAGGUUCAGUACAGUGUCUGUUCUGACAGAAGAAUGCCAUGACCUAAAAGGGAUGUUUUCACUUUGCAUUAUCAGUGUUUUCUGUGGACAGUGUUGCCUUUUCACGUGUUUGUGCUCAGAACAAGAACAAGAUAGUCCGGAGUGAACGAAAAAGAAAAGCCACCACCAGCUGCCCCCCACCCAGCCGUUUGAUCCUCAGCCCUCUCAGCUGUUUAGCAUUACAUUCAAAUUGCUGUUUACAAGAAGCCAGAGGAUAGACUUAAAAGUUUGACUCUCUACCCCUAGCUUUUUUUUUUUGUUUGUCUUCAAAAAUACAUUCCAGUAUUAUCUAUUUGUCGGCCAAGGAAGUGUUCAAAGUAUCUGUUAUUGUCAGUCUGUAUAUGUGGUUGUUUUGUUUUUGAUCAAAACUUUGUACUUGGUUUCACUUAACCGUACCGCAUUAAGAGCUUCUUUUGUCAUCCAAUGGAAAGAAUCUCCUUUAUAGAAAGUACUUAUGUACGGUGCAUAUGUUAUAAACGUUUGCGGUGAACGAUGCCAAGUUCACAAAGUGGGGGAAAUCAAGUUGGGCUUAUGGGAGAAACUGAAGUUGGCUCUCUAUGCUGACUUUUUAAUUUUAUGUAUAUCUUCAAGGUACUGUUUAUGUGUGUCAAAAUGUACACUCCUUCAUAAUUUGUGCAGUUUUAAUUUUUUGGACAACCCAGACUGUGUUAAAGUCAAGGACCUUGAGAGGGAGUGAAGCUGCACAAAGUGACUUUUUGACCUUUUUUAUGUCUUGAAUGUGCAAACUGUAAGCUGCAGUACUUUGUUUCAAUCAGAAAACACACAGCCUCCAUUGAGAACUUAUGGAUGAAUGUGUUUUUACAUAAAGGUGAGGAGAAGGAAAAGAAAUGAAGGACAACCCUAUAUUAUUCCUUUUAGCGUGCCGAUGGAAGUAUAAUGAAAUCAAUCGCACUAGCCAAUCCCCAGGCAGUAUUUGCUUUUCAGUGGGGGUUGUGGGCUCCCACAUGUGUUUUUUAUACACCUGAUCCAGGCAGGGUAGCUGCGGGGUAGUGCCGGGCCGGCUCCUUGUGUUUCUAAUCGCACCUCUGAACCUCUGGACCACUCGCGACCCUCACACCUCACACGAUACCCGCUCUCUGGGAAGAGACAGAGCGAGGGAAGGAGGCUUCAGAGACAACAGAGCAGCCUUUGUUGGUCCUACCUACAGUCCCUCCCCAACAACGACACUACGAGUAAAACAAAGGGGUUUCUACGGCCAAGACUUUGGUACUGUACAUGCCUUUCUCCAGCACAAGCCCUGCUAUCACAACCAUGCUGACUAAUGGAAAGCAACGGUAUGUAUUAAAGCCUAUAAAUUAUUAUUACAGACUUUGUAAAAACAAAGAAAGUGGUGACCAUAGUUUGUUUUUUUAUUGUUAAGUUAUAUAAAUUGAGAUUUCUUUUUGUUUGUUUUGAAAGAGACUGGAUUUUCAAUCCAAUGACCAAAUGCAUAUCUCCUCCUUGUUGCUCUCAUGUAAAAUUUCUUUUAUAAAAACAGUUGUUUCUUGGUCAAAGCAAUGAAUAAACCUCUGAAGGAAAUGAAAA